AUGGCUGUACAAAUGCACAUGGAAACCGCCGAAGGCCUCAAAAUACCUUCGCUGGGAUUCGGCACCUGGCAAUGCACCGACGAAGACGAGCUGGAAGCGGCCCUGAACGCGGCCUUAGAGACCGGCUACCGGCACGUGGACACGGCGUACUUCUUCGGCAACGAGCACGUGGUGGGCAGGGUGAUCAACGAGUGGAUCGAAUCCGAGAGGCUCGCCCGCGAGGACGUCUUCCUCUCCACCAAGCUGCCGAUCUUCGGCUUCCACGAGGACCUCGUCGAGGAGUACAUGCUCAAGUCGCUGGAGAACCUCGGCGUGGAGCGCGUCGACCUCUACUUCGCCCACUUUCCCCUGCACAUGAACUACGAUGAAGGCCUCGACGAUCCCACGUUCAUGGAAACCGACCACAUGGCCGUGUGGAAGAAAAUGGAGGAGCAAGUGGAGCAAGGUCGAGCUACUGCCAUCGGUUUAUCGAAUUUCAAUAUGACCCAAACGGAGAGGAUAGUGGAAGAGGCCGCAAUCAAACCGGCCUGUCUGCAAGUGGAGAACCACAUUUACCUGCAACAACGAGAUUUGGUGCAAUUCUGCCACGACAACGGCAUUGUUGUCAUCGGGUUCUCUCCUCUUGGUUCCCCGGACGUUAAUUCCUUCUACGAGUCCAUUGGUAGACCGACUCGAGACCUGCCGGACCUCUUCCAGGACCCGACGGUGCUGUCGCUGGCGGAGAAAUACGGGAAAACGGCGGCGCAGAUCCUGCUGAGGUUCCAGCUGCAGCGCGACGUGGCCGUGGUGGUGAAGAGCAAAACGCCGAGCAGGAUUGAAGAGAACUUCGAAGUGUUCGAUUUCUGCAUCGGCGACGAGGACAUGGAGGAGCUGAGAGCGCUGGACGUGGGCGAGGCCGCCAGGAUCGUCGAUUUUUCAGUGUUGUCCCAAAAAUUACUGGAGCAACCCGAAUGGCCUUGGCAUACGUUCACCAAAGUUUCCGAAUAA